UUGAAAUCUUGCUAGUUUUUUUUCUGCAAGGUUUAUCGUAGCCCGCCAAAUUCUUCUGGCAGUGCAAUGGCAUCGCGUGCUAAAGCAGGUCGUGGGUCGAAACGCACGGUAGACCCGGUGGCAGAGCCUGAGACAGUGACCAAGAAGUAUAAAGCAGAUGAACGAGCAGAGGAUGAUCUUGGUCAAAGAGUGAUCAUUGAACACUGUAAAAGCUGACGCGUGUACGGGCGGAAUGCUGACACAGUGCGUGAGGCUCUCGUGCUAGCGCGACCUGGACUGCGUGUGCUGCUCAAUCCACAUAAACCUCGGCGGAACAGCUUUGAGAUCACGCUGGUGGAGGGAGGCAAAGAGACUGUGCUGUGGACUGGCAUCAAGAAGGGUCCCCCCCGGAAACUAAAGUUUCCAGAUCCUGCUGAGGUUGUGAAUGCCUUGGAGGAUGCCCUGAACAGCAAGUAGAGGUUGUGAGGAGACAGUCAGUCAUCUUUGGGUCCUUGGAUGCAUAAUGAUGAGGAUGGUCCAAAUGGUCAACUUCAAGUCCAUUCUCUGAUGACUUUGGGUAUCCUGACCUGGAUUAUUACAGCCUCCUUGUGGUCUCAAGAGUUCUCUUUUGAGUUUAUACUUUGCGUUUAUACAGUUGUUCUGUCUCUGCUUCGUUUAUCUAUGGCUUUACUAUUACAUGUGUUUUGAGCAGCCUUGAUAAUGAAUUGUUUAGGAAUGUUCUGUAUGUAUUGUGUACAUUCAAGAAUUGCACGGUCUGGGUUACAAACAUUUAGUUUCCUGUCAAUUAGAACUGUUCUAUGUUCAAUAAAAUGAAGCUUCUGUA